AUGUCUGCUCUCUCAUUUAAAAAGAACUAUGUGUUCAGAAAUUGGGCCGGUAUUUAUUCUGCGAAACCAGAACGUUACCUUCAGCCAGGUUCAAUCGAUGAAGUCAUCGAGUUAGUGAAGAGUGCCAGGCUUGCUGAAAAAACCGUAGUCACCGUUGGUUCAGGUCAUUCUCCCAGUAAUAUGUGCGUUACUGAUGAAUGGCUUGUUAACCUGGACAAAUUGGACAAGGUGCAAAAGUUCGUAGAAUACCCUGACUUACAUUAUGCCGAUGUCACCGUUGAUGCCGGUAUGAGACUUUAUCAACUGAAUGAAUUUCUAGGUAUGAAGGGUUACUCUAUCCAAAAUUUAGGUUCUAUUUCAGAGCAAAGUGUUGCUGGCAUAAUAUCCACUGGAAGUCAUGGUUCCUCGCCUUACCAUGGUUUGGUUUCUUCUCAGUAUGUAAAUCUGACCAUUGUUAAUGGUAAGGGUGAAUUGAAGUUCUUGGAUUCUGAGAACAAUCCAGAGGUCUUCAAAGCAGCUUUGCUUUCGGUUGGAAAAAUCGGUAUUAUCGUUUCUGCUACCAUUAGAGUUGUACCCGGUUUCAAUAUUAAGUCUACACAGGAAGUGAUUACUUUUGAAAGUCUAUUGAAACAGUGGGACACGUUGUGGACUUCAUCUGAAUUUAUUAGAGUUUGGUGGUAUCCUUAUACUAGAAAGUGUGUUCUAUGGAGGGGUGACAAAACUAAAGCUCCUCAAAAUGGUCCCGCCAAAUCAUGGUGGGGUACCAAGCUGGGCAGAUUUUUCUACGAAACUUUAUUAUGGAUCUCUACUAAAAUCUAUGCGCCAUUAACUCCGUUUGUAGAAAAGUUUGUUUUUAAUAGACAAUACGGUAAGCUGGAAAAGAGCUCUAAGGGUGAUGUUAAUGUUACUGAUUCUAUCAGUGGGUUCAAUAUGGAUUGUUUAUUUUCACAGUUUGUUGAUGAGUGGGGGUGUCCUAUGGACAAUGGUUUAGAGGUGUUACGUUCAUUAGAUCAUUCUAUUGCGCAGGCUGCCAUAAACAAAGAGUUUUAUGUUCAUGUGCCCAUGGAAGUCCGUUGCUCAAAUACCACAUUACCUUCUGAACCUCUGGAUACCUCCAAGAGAAUAGACACAAGUCCCGGCUCUGUAUAUGGUAAUGUUUGCCGUCCAUUCUUAGAUAAUACUCCAUCCCACUGCAGGUAUGCUCCAUUGGAAAAUGUUACUAAUAGUCAGUUGACGUUGUACAUUAAUGCCACUAUUUACAGGCCGUUCGGCUGUAACACUCCAAUCCAUAAAUGGUUUACCCUCUUUGAAAAUACUAUGAUGGUGGCAGGUGGUAAGCCACAUUGGGCUAAAAACUUUCUAGGUUCAACCACUCUUGCAGCUGGUCCGGUGAAAAAAGAUACUGAUUACGAUGACUUUGAAAUGAGAGGGAUGGCGUUGAAAGUCGAAGAGUGGUAUGGUGAGGAUCUGAAAAAGUUCAGAAAGAUUAGACGUGAACAGGAUCCUGAUAAUGUAUUUCUGGCAAACAAACAAUGGGCUAUCAUAAAUGGUAUCCUAGAUCCUAGUGAGCUUUCUGACUAA